UUAGGUGAGCCGUCAGUGUGGAACGUGGCGCGCGAGUCGUGGCGCGUCGUACGGCCGAGGAGGAAGGAAUCCCGCACCGUCUCGCGAGCGCGUGUGUCGCCUCUUCUCGACGUGUCGCCCUCGUCCCCCGUCGCUCGAGCGCGCGAUUCCGCGCGCCGCACCUGCGACAACGAGGAACCCAGUCCCCCGCGACGAGUCUUGACGCGACGGUGGAGCUGGUCAGCCUCCUCCCCCCUCCUCUCUCUCUGUCACUCACUCCUCCUUCCACGAGGAAUUACCAAAAUGGUGGCGCGGUACAACGCGGGUGAUGUGUAGGCAGAUAUCGGCUCGCAUCGCGUUCGUUUCAGGGAGGUGCGAGGUACGCGAGCGUGACUACGCGAGGCCGACGGCGACAGCAUGGGCGACCCGAAGAGCCAGCACGGCGCGCAGGAGAUGAAAGGCUGGCUUUUCAAAUGGACGAACUACCUGAAAGGUUACCAACGGCGAUGGUUCGUCCUGUCAAACGGCCUCCUGUCGUACUACAGGGCUCAACCAACAGGGGGGCCAAAAUCAUCGCGACGCAAGCGGAGGGCUGGCAGAGCCUCCGAAAACCCCGCGGAGAUGUCCCACACAUGCCGCGGCACGAUUUCCUUACACGGGGCCUUAAUACACACGGUGGACGCCUGCACGUUCGUCGUGAGCAACGGCGGCACGCAGACCUUCCACAUCAAGGCGUCGACCGAGGUGGAGCGACAACAGUGGGUCACAGCCCUCGAGCUGGCGAAAGCCAAGGCGAUCCAAGCGAUGGAAUCUGCUUUAGUACUUCGGCGACGUUAUGCGGCGAAAUCUCUUUUAGAAGAAGAGGAGGAGGAAUAUCAAGAUAACGACAAUCAAAACGUAGAAACCGCGUCUGUGAUUAAGGAUCUAACGCGACGGCUGGACGAUCUACAGGCGUGCAAUGACUUGAUGCUUAAGCAGGGAUCGGCGCUUCAACGAGCUUUAACCGAUUUGGAAAUGUUAGAGCCUCCGUCCCCGGAAUUAGCGGCGAAAUUCAAGAUCGUCAGCGAGCGAGCCACGCUCUUCCGGAUUGCGGCGAACGCUAUGGUUACUACAAGCAGCGAUUACUUGCAACUAGCCCAGCAACAAGAGCCUAAGUGGAAGAAGAUGCUGCAGCACGAGCGCGACCAGAAGGUGCGGAUAGAGAAAAUGGUCGAACAGUUAGCUAGGCAACAUUCCCACCUGGAGGAAGCCGCGCAACACGCGAUUCCUUCAGCGACACCCGCGGGUGGACACAGACCUUCACAUCCCGCAGUCACAACGUCGCCGUCGGAGGAUGAGGAGGACAACGCAGAGUUUUACGACGCGCAGGAAUCGGACACUUUCACGCUAACCAUACCCAUCGCCGCGAGCAAUUCCAUUUCCCACGCGAGAGACCGCAACGAUUCCCAGGGUAGCGACGAUGGCUCUAGCUCGGAGGGAGACCCGACGCCCAUGCCCGUCUCCGGUUCCACUGGCGCCGAGUCGUUCCUCAUUGUGACCGAUUCCACAGCGGCGCAGACCCCCUCACCCGUCGCAAACACGGACGACCUGGAUACUGCGGCUUGGCGGUCCAACAAUGGCAGCAGCGGCACCGGGAUGACCACCAAACGGAAGCGGAGGAUUAGGGUACCUGAGAAACCGAACUAUCCCUUGAACCUGUGGAGCAUAAUGAAGAACUGCAUCGGCAAGGACCUGUCGAAAAUUCCCAUGCCGGUCAACUUCUCCGAGCCGCUUAGUAUGCUUCAACGACUGACGGAGGACUACGAAUAUGCAGAUAUUCUGGACAGGGCUGCAGAAUGUACGGAUAGUUACGAACAGAUGGCUUUCGUAGCCGCCUUCACCGUGUCUAGCUACGCCACAACCGCAGCGAGAACGGGAAAGCCGUUCAAUCCCCUUCUAGGCGAGACUUACGAGUGCGAUCGUACGGAUGAUCUCGGGUGGCGCGCGAUUUCGGAGCAAGUGUCUCAUCAUCCGCCUAUGCUAGCUCAACAUUGCGAGGGGAAGAAGUGGCGAUGUUGGCAAGAGUUUACAAUGGCUUCUAAAUUUCGUGGAAAGUAUCUGCAGGUGAUUCCGUUGGGCACCGCUCAUCUAGAAUUUAACAGCGGCCAGCAACACUACACAUGGCGUAAAGUUACUACUACAGUACAUAAUAUUAUAGUCGGGAAGCUGUGGGUCGACCAGAGCGGCGAUAUGGAUAUUGUAAAUCACAAGGAGGGUAUCAAGUGCCAUUUGAAGUACAUACCGUACUCGUACUUCUCGCGAGACAGCCAGCGCAAGGUGAAGGGCGUAGUCAUGAAUUCCAACAAAGAGGUCAAGUGGGUAGUGCAGGGUACGUGGGACUCGAAGAUAGAAAUCGCGCCGGUAAUCAGCACAUCUGGCACGCCGGAUAAUCCAGUUUAUAAGACGGGUCCUUACAUAUUAGCUUGGAAACGCCGUAUGCCUACUGACGACUGUGAGAAAUAUUAUUCGUUCACGGAACUAGCGUGUCAAUUGAACGAACCGGAAGAAGGCGUAGCUCCGACGGAUUCUCGGUUGAGGCCUGAUCAGCGAUUAAUGGAGGACGGACGGUGGGACGAGGCUAAUGCGGAAAAGUUGCGUUUAGAAGAGAAACAAAGAGCUGUUAGACGGGCUCGUGAGCACGACCUCGAAAAGGCGGCCGCGCAAGGAUUAUCUCACGAGGCGUACGAACCGCUGUGGUUCAGGAAGAAGCAAGAUCCGUACACGGACAGCCGUUGUUUCGUUUAUAAUGGCGAAUACUGGGAUUACAAGAGCAGAGGUGACUGGUCGAGAUGUCCAAACAUAUUUUAGUUGUUUAGGUAGACUCGAUUGCGUAUGCGACUUCGUCACGUACUCACGCAGUAUGCAAAGAGAUUUUGAAUUGUUAAAAAGUGACUGUAGGCCGAGAAUAAAAGUCGCGACCGUUUGGUGGUCGGGACUUGAAUGCUUAUGAAA